AUGCCCAGCCCAGCAUCCCCACAGGCCGCUCCCCCGGUCGCUGAGUUCCAUCCCGGGUCCUCGGGGCGCUCUCCGGUGUCCGCGUCCCCGGUGUUCCCACGCCGUCCGGCUCUAGGAUGCCUGGAAACCUUCUCCGUCGAGGCCAUCCUGGCUAGGCCGGAGCCUCCAUGGGCCGCCUUUCCUCCGCAACUCUCCACCCACGCCGCUUGGAGCUUUGGCACCCUGUCCCCCGAGAUGCCCUACCCGAGCUUCUGCACCGUGCCCCCUGAGGUGCCCCACCCGGUUCUGCCCUGGGUGUGUCCGACCACUUGGCUGCCGGUCCACCUGGGCGUGCGUGUCUACCCGUUGUGGCCUCCGCCCUGCGUGCCCCGACCCAGCGUGGCUCACCUCUGCGGCCCUCAGGGUUUCGGCCACACAGGCUUGGAGGUGCUUCAUUGCUCAGGUUUCUGGAGCCCUCGAGACUGGGCCCCUGCCAUGGACCUUCAGGACACUGAGCGACACCAAAAGAGGGUUCGAACUAUGUUUACCUUGCAGCAGCUGGAAGAGUUGGAGAAAGUAUUUGCAAAGCAGCACAACCUGGUGGGCAAGAAGAGAGCCCAGCUGGCUGCCAGGCUGCACCUGACGGAGAACCAGGUGAGGAUCUGGUUCCAAAACCGCAGGGUCAAAUAUCAGAAACAGCAAAAGCUGAAACUGCCUGCCUCCUCUGCCAUGUCUGCCCCUCUGGAGGAGCCCUCAAGCAGUUCCAAUGGCAGCAUCCAGGAUGAAGAUGUUGGCAGCUAAGGACCAAGCUAGGGGACCUAGCCUGGAUAGCCUGGCUAGUUCUUCCUGGGAGCACCCACUGGAUUUCCCUCCACCACAUUUCAAUGAAGACCUUCAUCAGAGUCAAAGAACACCAAAUAUACAGAGGACUGUCAAGCAAGGGUCCUCUUUUCUAUAUGGACCCCUGGGGAUAGGAAUAAUGGAAUGGUAAGCAGCACAGAGUGGCUUUUACCAAUAUCCCUGGCCAGGCUUUCUCAGUCUUUUAAAGCAGGAUGCAGGCCCAGGGUGUACAACUUGUGACACUUAUGGGUUCUCUUACUUAGGGAAGGGGCACAUGCCCCAGCCCUGGCUUGGGGAUUCAUCUAUUUCCUGGGUUGUAGAAAGGAGGCCUUCUUAAAUCAUCAUCUGGUAUAGAAGACUUCCUAAAGACUUCCUGGAGGGAAACAGAUUGUUUUGUUUUGUUUUUGAGUCUUUGGUUUUAUAUUUUUAUUUAUUU